UUUACGCGUUGAUCCUCGUUUGCUGUGAACGGUAUAAAAUAUCAGAAUAGUGUCGUAAAGACUUUCGCGUAGUGAAAGAGUGUGGAACUUGUGCGACGUGCGGUAAAACGGUGGAAUUAACAAAUAUGCGUUAAGAAUGCUAACCAUGAAGAUUUCGAGACGGUGGUUAUUACAGUUACUGGUAACCGGAUCAGCCGUCUAUGGUAUACUAGCUGCUGCGCACACCGAAGAAUUCACGAAGGCUACAACGUUAACCGACCAACGAGUAAAUCCUCUGGCUGACAAUGACGUACCUGGUGUGCGACCGUUGCCCACGGCCGUCUCAAACCACGAGACGUCAAAGGGACAAGUUCUUACUGCGACGGUCGGAAGUGACGCACUGUCCACGUAUCCUCUGAGCGGGAGCGAAAAAGUCUUGGCAACCGGUAAUUUCAAAGGAAACGAAAACGUAGCCAAAGAUCUACUAUCGUCAACGGCAUCGACGACUGCCGCGUAUGCUUCGUCGAUUAAUAUGACAAGAAUAGCCAAAGAGCUAGCUGAUUCGAAGGAGACACGCGUACCAUCCUUCGAGAACCCGGCUAAAGAUGGCCCAGAAUUUGCAACAGAAUCAAGCGGCCGUGCCCUGCAGGGAAAUAGCAUCGGUAUGCAAGGUGAGGGAAAACCGGACACGAGAAAUUCACUACACGGCAACAUAACGGAUUUAAGCGACGUCAGCAUGGACGAGGAUGACAAAGACCUCGAGGGUGGGGAGUAUUUGGCGAGUGGAAACGUAACCGGGUUAAACUUUCUCGCGGAUGCACCCGGACCUGUUGAGCUGUCACCUGUACAGGGUGCGGAGGUGAGAUGUACCCAAGGCAAUGAGACGUACGCGCCUGGAGCGGAGGUCUACAGAAAUUGCGAGGAGCGAUGCGUGUGUAGCAAGGACGGAAGAAUCAAUGAUUGUCGGCCGCUUACUUGUGCGCCCCCAUUUUUCCGCGCUGGAAGAGAAAUCGGGGAUCCCCUCUGUCGAGAGAGCUCAAUACCAGGCGAGCCCUGUUGCGUUGCGGUAGUGUGUGCUCAAGAUUCGGAAACGGAGCCGGAGGAAUUCUGCUACCUGGGCAACGAAACCGUGCCAAGGGGUGGCACCGUCGAGGAUGGAUGCUCACAGGUGUGCGUAUGCGAAGCGAGAGGAAAGCUCAAGUGCCGGCCAAGAUGCCCUUCGAAUUCGACGUCAACGUCAAUGGCGACGAUGAUGGCAUCGAACACGAACCAACCCGACAAGUGUGUCCCCGUACCCGAUCCAAGAGACGCCUGCUGUACGAUCACUCUCUGCGACGUGACUCUUGGCGACCACGAGAUCAAGCCUGACUUUCCGUCGGCAGAGCCGUACGGUAAUCUUAUCAGAAUAGAGGCGGUAAACUCGACCGCUAUGAAACUGUUUUUCACCAACAAUACGACACCGCGGAACGUCACGAUUCAACUGUCAACGGAUAAUGUUCUUUGGAGGGCGGAGAAACUUCGCGAAGAUAAAAUCAUUGGAGGUUUGGAACCCUCCCGUACCUACUACGUUCGAGCGAUCGACGGGGUGGGUAAUCGGCCGAUUGUGACGCCUCUGCAAGUCAAACUACCAGGUCAACCGAUCGCGAGCCCUACAACAACUGGCACGGAUAGUAAAGGCACCGAGGCAGCUGGUGUCUGCAAUCACCGGGGUACAUCGUACAAAAUCGGCGCCGAAUGGUACGACGAGUGCAUAUCGUUCUGCACUUGUAGCGAGGACGUUCAAGGGAAUGGCCCAAAAACGGAAUGCGCGACCAUCGAGUGUCCGACCGACUUUGGUCUCGAUGUGCUGGAUCCGAACUGCCUCGACUGGGAGUCAGUGCCUGCAGAUUUUGUGCCGGUAGCGCCCCGUUGUUGCUCCCAAGAGGUUAGGUGCAAAAACAACGGCUCCUGCCUUUACCAGGACAAAAUGUACAACAAUUGGAGUGAGAUACCGACGAACGUAACCGGAUGCGACAAGAGAUGUUACUGCGAAAUGGGAAACGUUUCCUGUCAACCAGCGUGCCCCCCCGUCCCAGCUUUGCCGCCAACGAAUCUCGAAUGCCCGCCGACUCACGCAUCCCUGAGACAUCUCCCCGGGGACGAGUGCUGCUUGCACUGGGUAUGCGGAAAACCCUCCGAAGCCUCGUUGCCCACGACGAUCGGAAGGAACGGUACGUCAACGUAUUCCGGCCCCUUAGCCACAGACAGUAUCGACCAGCUGCAGCCGAUUGGCGAUAAAAAGAUACCGAGUAUAAGCGAACCGAUUGACCAACAGAAAUGGACCGUUAUGCAGGGAUUGUCGGAUCGUUACACAACGAUCCCUAGACGAAAAUCGCACGAGAGUGCGGCUAAUUUUGACUCGAUUAUUAACCCCGACUCGACCGACGAUCACGGACUAAUCCACUACCCAAUGGACCCGGGUCACCCGACGUCACAACACACCACCGUCACGGCCAUACCAUUGACGUCCGCAUCGCCUACACCCCCACCUUACCACGGACCAUAUGACCCGAAUUUCGUACUGACGCAACCUUCCACAGAGGACAUCUUUCGAUUGACGCCGCGGACCCACGUUAAAGCGAAUCACCUAAUACAGGUCCCCAAGGACAAGUUGAAAUCGAGGACGGAAUCGAAGAAACCUAUCGAACUUAUGAAACCGACCAACGACGCUACGGCCACAGGUGAUGUGACGCGUUUCGCUCCCCCAAUAACUCCGGAGAAGUAUGAAAAUUCGUCGCAAUUGAUUCCAACAUUGGAUAAGAUUUUACCCGUAUCGGCGACGAAGGGUUCGCAAGACGCGCCCGCCACCGCCACCGCCACCACCCACGUUUCGCCCUCUGACCAGAAAACCAAUUACACGCCGUUUACCCACCACCUGCGCGCGCCCAACCUAAUUCCCGCAACACUUCUCAACGACGAGGUUGCCGUACCUCAUUUCCAAAAUCACCGUGAGACCACGAUCUACCGAGGCACGUCGCCUCCUACGCAGGCCGCAAGCACUACCACCGCCGCGAAGUUCGACGGGCCGAAAACUGUCGCACCAUACGAUCACUGGAACGAUGACCCGCAAUCAGCCACGAGGGUUUCGGUAACGGACAAUCGAUUUCACCUCGAUCAUAGUACAAAACCUUCACGCGUAGUAUACCUUGGAAAUCCGAUGCCCAAUCAGCUCUCGUACGGCCCAGGUAUCCUACAUCCGAAUACUCGCAACUUGCCCGAAGAGUUACAUAGCUUGAUUAAACUCCGUCAUCCUGGUCUGGUACGGCUGGAGGAAUACCCACACGGCGGUGAUCAGAAUCUUUACGACACGGUGGUGGAUCUGGGCGCGGGAGCAGAAGGACAACGCGGGGAUGACGGGGUGCUGUACCGACCUGGCUCUUUGCAAUAUUUCAAUCCUCGUGAAAUUACUGAGACAGGUGGCGAAUACGAUGUACCCCAAAGCUCCGAGCUACCCAGCGGGGCACGUCAACACAUUGAGAAAUUAUUGCUUCACGUUGGCAAGAAGGAUCCGAAUCCCGGACCGUUCCAACGCUACCCUGGAGGCGAAGGGCCGAUUUUACGAAGCGGACCGCCGCUGCACGGUUCGGUGCCCUUGUCCUUACCGCAAGAUUCGGGGCAGUUCACCCGGUUGAAUCACCCGUUCUCCGGCACAACCAUAGUCCACGACACGCACUCGUUUCCCGUAUCAGGACUGGAUCACGGAUUGCCGUCAGGAUUUCCUAUUCAGGGUGGUCCAGAAAUUCAAUCCUCAUCUGAUCAGAUCACCGUUCAGACAUUGGAGGCGGUUACAGAAGAUCGUGUCAGACUCGUCUUCACCGUCCCUCGUAUACUGGUGGGACUUCACGGAAGGGUUGAAGUACGGUAUACCAGCGAAAUGAUGAACUCUGACCCAUCAACGUGGAAAUCCCAAAUAUUUGCGCCGCCCGACGAUCUGAUAGCAACGCAACAGCUGGAAUUCGAGUUGGGGGACCUAGCACCAUCGACUGAGUAUAAGGUCAUAGUGAUGGUGAAGCUACGCGACUUAUCAAACAGCCCGAUCAGCAAGAUAUACAGGGUGGUCACUCUGGAGGCAGAGAACACUGACGCUGCAACGCUUCCGCCACAAAUACCGACUGAUGCCGAACUGACAGUAGCCGAAACAAACUCAACGUGGGCCAACAUCGUCUGGCGAAAGUUUACCGAGUACGAGCUACAGUUUAUCGACGGCGUCCAACUCCGAUACAAGGAAAUCGCAGGCAAGGUCUACGCCGCCACCCCGCUAAUUCACAGAGCCGUGACGAGCUACGUUCUUGAAAAUUUGAAACCUUCGGCGACCUAUCAAGUUGAAAUAUACUUCAUACCUUUCCCUGGCCAACCUAACGAACUAGUCAGUGAGAAAUCGAUCAACUUCACCACGAGCUCAGCGCCGGAUCCCUACGCCUUCGACAUCAAUGUUGCGAUAAAGGGCAUAAAAUCAACGGAGGUGGAAGUCGCUUGGAAGGGUGUGCCGUAUCCGGAGGACAAGUACGUGAACAUAUACCGAGCAAUCUACCAGAGCGAUACAGGAAAGGAAGAUACGAGCACGUUCAAAAUUGCUAAGAGAGACUCGCCUGCUAAAACGACAAUAGGUGAACUUAAGCCGGGGACGCAUUACCGCCUGUGGAUCGAAGUAUAUCUCACUAACGGCAGGAUAAAGAAAAGCAACGUGCAGGACUUUGUUACAAAACCGGGGAUCCCUAUGUCUGCCGGUGUUUUGCAACAACAAGGAAAGCUGGCUGCGCAGGUCCCGCUACACGAGGGUGACUAUUACGGCCCUCUUGUUAUUGUCGCGAUCGUCGCGUCUCUUGCUAUUUUAUCAACACUUAUUUUACUUAUGAUGCUGAUGAAAAGACGCACCAGCAGCAAGGCGGACAUCUCACCGCGGAAAUCAACCGCCGCUUACGACAAUCCCUCCUACAAGGUAGAAAUACAACAAGAAACUAUGGACUUGUGAGAACGCAACGCCAUCGGUAUGCUGCAACGGGCACGAGAUAGAAACUGAAACGAUUCGGUGAAUAGUCAACACAAUGCCAAGGAGUUUUCUUGCCCCUACCCCGUGCCUCAAUUUUCUCCCUGCCCCUCUUCACAAAGACUUGUGUUGGAUUGUUGAAUUAUCAACCAUCAUUUAUUUAUUAAAUUAUCGGAUCGGCGGUUCAAUGAGACAAACCGUCGACGUUUGUAAUACUUAUUUAUAAUAUAGUUGCGACUCUCGAUAUAAUAUACGUUAAUAUAUAUUAUACAUAUAAAUGUACCUACAUUUACCGCCUAUACGCACAUCAUGCAUACGAUAUAAAGCGUGUGUCGUUGCAAGGUUUUGUAAUAUAAAAACUAAUGAUUGUAUAUACAUACAAAAGUAAAUACAUAACUACGAUAAAAGGUGCCAAUUGAAAUCAAAUGAAAGAUACGUGUAAGUUUUCGUCAAUUCUAUGUUAGAUGAUUUGACAGCACCCCUAUCCCCGGUCAGAACUAAUGUAAGCGAACUUUUUUCAAUAAUACACAACAUAUGUAGUUCGAAAUUAUAUUUCAAGGUAUAUUGUUCCUUUCCGGGCGAACGGUAUAGAAUUUUAGGUAUCAAUACAUGAUUUAUAAUAUCCCGCUGUAGACACAAGCGCGGUUAUAGGUAUCCCAUAAGAGUUGCCUCCAGGUCAUUGGGCGGAGUGGUUGGUGAAAAACGAUCGACGGGCUGGCCAUCUUUGUCGACAAUAAAUUUCGUAAAAUUCCACUUGAU